GGGAGCACAAAUGAGGCUCUCUACAAGCUGUAUAAUGUAGCGGCCAAUCACAGGCACCUGUACCACCACGCCUUCCCUGGGCCUCAGGUGGACGAGGUUGUCGAGGAGCAGGAAAAGAAGAGGGACUGAUCAGAUUAGACAGCAGGGACUUUCUGGUGAUGGACAGGAGGAGGGAGGAGGAACAUCCUCACCCAUCAGGCACUCUUUUAUUCCAGUAUUGGCUGGUGCUGCCCACCAGUUCAUCCACUAAUUUAAACCCUAAUAACGGACUGUAUAAUGUUCAUGUAUAGGCAACGUCAGAGCAUCUUGACAGCGGGUGCCUGCUUUCAAACGAUGGAUGCCAUUUAUCAUUGUCUCUCACUCUUUGUGUGUGAAAAAAUAACACCUGUACAGAUACUGUAGUCACUCUGCCAGAGGAGACCUCGGCAUAUCCAACCUCCAGUCAGCUGUUGAUUUCAUAUCAGACGGGUUUUUCCAUUCCAUUUCCAUUUGCUGACGGCGAUUUUCAAAGUAUAGCCAAAAUCUGUGAAAUCCCCAUUCGUGACGAUUGUUCUGUUCUUUGAAGUUUAGUGCUGUUUAUAAGAAACAAUAUCUAUGAUCUGCGAUGUUUGAAAGCCAAAAUAUGUACUGUAUGUUAAGUAAUGAAGCGUUACAAGCAUCAUCAGCAUGGUAAAUGGUUAAUGUCUGUCAUCUUUAAGCUCUUAAACCAGGUAUACUUUAUAAAAAAAUAGUUUAAAUUGUUGUGACAAAGUAGUGUUGUGCCAUAACAUGUAAAAAUGGUUUCACAUCUAAUGCAGCCUGGCUACAUGCAGACGCUCAUUGGUACAUUUAUGAGUUGUAUACAGUUUUGUUUUGGAGGUUGGUGUUACUUUUGACAGAGGUCUAGAUCAGGGAGUUGCUUUGUGCUGACAUUUCCUUUCAAAUAUCAGCACAGGGCGGAAGGACAAAAACAAGAGUACACAGUUCAAAGUUUACACAACAAAGCUGACAUUAUCUCUCACACUGUAGUCGACUCGCAGUGUUGUAUUUACGCAGCGUCGCAGCGACCCUCUGUAUGCGUGUUUGGUCUUUGAGGUUGAGGGGAAAGAGCGUGUUUGCCUUCCAUUGUGGUGUAGAGGUUGUGGGUGAAACCAUUGUUGUGUUUCUCUCUGAACGUUCGAGCAAAUCCGAGGAAUGUAGCUAUUCUGUGGCCACUGAGGAAUCAAAGCUAGAUGUUAUUAGGCGGGGGCUGACAGGCCUGCUUUGGAAAAGGAUCCUCAUUCCACAUCUCUUUCAUUAUCUUCACACACUUAGGUUGAAUCAUCUGUGAAAAAAAACAACUGUUGCAUGGUGAAAGAAGCCAGGCCCCUGACUUUUUUGUGUUUGAAAAACAGCUUGCAUUUGUAAACAAAAGGCUUGUAUUGGUGACAGCACUUUUUGGUGUUUGAGUACGUUGGCUUAGUAGACUGUUACUGUACUUUUGUAUAACUGUGGUUAUUGUUCUAAGCUCACUGAAUAACCCAGAAUCAUAGAGCUCAUUGUGAAAUGUCUGCAUCACUUACAGCUGCAGCGUUGAAAUGCUUUUUCCCCUCCAUGUAUAUCUGGCCACCAACAGCACAGGAACACUGUCAUGCACAUUUAGCAAGUUUAUGCUGAGGUUUGACCUCAAGGGUUGAAAAUUUAAAGGCACUGCAGCAGAGUGGUUUCUUGAGUCUUCCACAAUGUGUAAUCAACAUCAAUGAGGCUUUCACACAAAGAACCGUCUAAAGUUUAAGAUUCGUGAGGUUUUAAAAUCCCAUUUCUUCAUGGCUGUGUUGAAGUGUCCAUUCAUAAGUCAGAAAAGUAUUGUUUACAUUGUGUUGUGUUUACACUCCAAAUUAAGUAACAUUUGGAAGCUUUUAUUUGUCAAGAACAGAACAGGAAUAUGUGUCAAAACAUUAUUCUUGGAUUUAACAACUCAUUCCUAAAGCCGCCCCCAUCGACAAUUUUUAAUCAACUCCGGAUAUCGUGGGAGCCUCUGUGUGCUGAAAGGCCAACUGAAUCAACCUCUUCCAAGUCAACACUGCUAAGUUUCCGCACACGCAAUGCAAACUUUCAGUCACGAGGAAAUAAUAAAUAAUAAAGUUGGACCAAAUUAAUGGAAACUAGACUUGAGCAAUGUCUUUAAAAAUUCCCUCCAGUUUUGUUCUAAGACAUAAAAAUACUUUGGUUUGAAUAAUAAUUUGUGCCCGAUAGGUUUAUAUAUAAAAGUGAAAUGAACCUGGUGAAAAUUCUUAAAAUUACAUCUACUCCGUCUCCCUCAUUGAAAAAUCCAGGAAUGAUGAAUUUGAAAAUAUUUUUCUUUUCAAAAGUUUAACUGCAGCAGCAGAGACAGGAUUUGUUCUACCUUACUGAAAAGUCCCAUUCUCAGUGUUUGUGACCUGGAGGCUUCAGGUUUUCACAUUAUACUGGACUGUGAUUGGCUUCCAAAGUAGUUGUAAUGUUACAGAAUCAUCUUGUACCUAAAUGUCUUAAACUCAAGAUUUAAGGUGAGAAGAGAGAAACAUUUCCCCCCUUCAGCAAAUGAAUGUGAAAACAGUCAUCUUGUGUCAAACUCUGCACGAACAUCAUUCUGCACUCUGAAGCUCAAAUGUCAAAGUAAAACAACAAUAAGCAAACACAUUUUUUAGUGGAGGGGGGCUUUAAGCCUGAUAUGGUGAGAUAUACAGAAGUAUCUGUAGUAUGUACACUGUAUUGCCAGUUUAUUAGGUACACGCAUCUAAAACGAAAGCAGUCUUAUACAGUAGUCCUGCAAUAAAUCCUCCCUUCAUCAAGGUUAUAAUGGUCAGAUUUUGUUGAAACCGUUUUAGAGACAUGUUGAUUCCAUUGUAUGAUCAUACAAUGGCUGUAGUUUGUGUUGCUGUUGAACUGUAUUGUAUUUCACAGAGGAGUUUCUAAUAUAUUGACUUCCCUCUUUAUAACAAUGAGGGUAGUUUAGAUAAUAAAAACUACUCUCAGUAAAAUGCAAUAUAUAUUUUUCAGUUUCACAACAGAAAAGCAUUCAGAGACAAAGACUAAUGUCUGGUUGUGCAGCACACAGCUUCCUCCCUGAGCUUUUCUAGGGGACCUUCCAGGACCCCAAACAGGGGAUGACAGUCCUCAGCUGCAGAUUCAGGGGAUAAUUCUGUGCAUGUCCUACAAGCACCCCCUUUUCAAUUUGUUAUUAUAAAUACAUCGAUAUAUAUAUAUACACGCUUUAAUUAUUUUGCAUCUCAAAAUUAUCUCUGUUUAAGGAUCCAUGCGAAAGUGUACGGACAGCAAGAGGCAACCACUGUAUAGUGUCUUUUUCGUCACUGCAGACUUUAUUGCUUAUGUCUUGGUAUUUGCAAUCCACAAAAUCAGAUAUGUACAAAGUGAUGACACUGUUCUGAAAAGAUGUGAUCGAGACCUUGCAUAGUGAAGGAGUCACUGAAGAGAGGUUCUUUAGAGAGGUUCCACUGUUACCUAAUCAGACACCCUUCUAGGACAUUCAGAAAUGUUGGACAUACACAGGUCCCAUUUAAUACUUUCUUAAUUAUACUGUGAAAAUAGUUUUCAUUAAGUGUCAUUUGUUUGUUUCUUCACCAUAGUGACUACAUUGAUUGGAAGCUAGCACCAGUCUCUACUAGACAGAAUCUCCAGCAUAAAAACAUUUCUGAGUAUCUUAAGGGCUGAUUGAUUAGUUAUCAAUAGAAUACGCUUCCAAGAACCUGCACUUCUUCCACAGAAGAGACGAUUAAGUCCAUAAAAAUGAGUCAAUACCAAGGCAUGGAAUAUCCAAAAAGAAUGAAACAAGAAGUUAAAUUGCACUUGUUUGGCAAAUUAAUGUGUCUUCUGAACUGUUUUAUAAAGUUCUAGUAGCUUAUUCAUGUUUCAUUAUACACACACACACACACACACACA